AUGGUCACUUCAGCGUUUACCUAUGCAGGUGUGGAGUUUGUACCAAACAACCACGCAGCCAUUCUUGACACCACUGAUGUUCCAGGGGAUUAUCAUGUAAUCCAGGAGUUUCUGGCACAAAGUGCCUUGGCUCGAGCUCUUACUGCACCGGCUAGAUUAUCUGGGAAUCUCAUAUCUAAAGAUGAGAAGAGGCCAGUUCUCAGGCCAUUACAAAUUCCAGCUCCAUUAAGAGCUAGGCUGAAUCUGCCUCCAGCACCACAGCAACAGCCUCAAAACCAACCACAACAUCCAGUCUCUCCUACAGCCACCAGACAACCCAGAUCAUCUACACCAAAACCAUCAAGGGCUACAAAGUCUGAUGCAGCCCCUUCCACUGUGAAGACCAGAACCUCUGUUGCUACACAAGCUAGCCCUCAGUCCAGAAAAGUUAGAUUUAAAGCAAGGGCAAACAAGCCUAAGAAAGCAAAGGUACCAAUUACUGAAAUCACAGAUUUCACUCUUGAGGAAGAGCAAGCACCAUCAACUUCACUUCCUGAUUUAUCUCAAGCUCUGAUGGUGCAUCCUCUCCAGGCUGUUCCACUCUCUACUGCUACAGCAUCCUCUACUUCAUCUGAAGUAGAUGAGGAAAUAGUUUGCAAGGAACCUGAAGCUGGGACAACAUUGUCUGAUCCUCAAACUCCAAUAUCUGAUCGUGGACCCUCCACUCCAAUUCCUCAUUCUCCAUUGAAAUUUCCUGAGGCAUUGGAGGCAUUGCAGUCACUUGCUAAGGCUGGUGAAGAGCCAAGCAAAUCAAAAUCUGAUUCUGCAAAAUCUGUUCCAGAUCCUGUUAAAAGUGCUGUUGAUCCUGCAUCUGAUGAUGAUGAGGAUGAUGAAACUGAAGAUGAUGAAAAUGAGGAUGAAGUCCCCAUGUCUCUUCAACAACAGAAGUGGGAGUCUACCAGCGAAUACAAUGCCAGAUUGCAAACUCUGAAGCCAAACUCUGAGCCUCUUCCCAGGGAUCUUCAGGUUGAUCCACCAAAUGAACCUAAAAGCUACAGUUCUAUAUCUGAAGACAUUUCAUACUGCUCAUGCUCAAACAUCUAA